CCUGCGGCCAGUGAAGCCACGGCUGCCUUCUCAAGAUGAGCCCCAAGUGCGAGGCGGAAGCGCUGUUCGACGCGGGCCCCCACGGGCCGCCCCAAUCGCCCACGCGGCCCCUGCUGCUCGUGCUGCUGGCCGCGGCCGUCGGCGCCUGCCUCGGCGCCGUCAUCGUCGCCGCCCUCGCCGCGCCGCAGGUCGUCUCGCUCAGGGCGCAGCAGGACCGCCUCCAGGCCGACGUCCUCCGCCUCCAACACCUCUACCUCCAAUUCCAGAUGCAAGAAACAUCGACUCCAGCCGCGUUGAUCGGUACGAGCAGCAGCACAGAAUCAUUUAAUCCUUAUGACGCGAUGGACGAAAACUCUGAUGAAUCCUACGACUACGGCGAGGAUGAAAGCACCGACGACGACGACGACGAGGACAACACGCUGGACGACGGUGACGACGACGAGUCGAGCCGUCGGCGCCGCCGCGACGUGGAGAUGGCGCCACCGGUGCGCGUAGCACGGUCGCAAGGGCCGCCGACUAUUGAUCGGACGUCCGACGGCGUGCCUGUGGUGUCCCUCUCGUACGAGCAGGUCAAGCAGAUGAACCGCUCCGGACACCAUCUGCGUCUCUACGACCAAUUGGCAACGUCGCCACCCCUGCCGCCCACCGCCGACCCCAUCCAGCUGCACCACCGCAUCAGCCCCCUCUGGGAGUCGCCCAAGAACUACGAGCAAGACAAGAAGAAAAAGAAGGCGCCGAGCAGCAGCGGCAGCAGCAGCGGCGUCACGGCGUCGACGAUCAUGAAUCGCCGUUCGCGGACGAUGGACACUCCAGAAGAGGGCGGCGCCGUGUCGUUGGGGGCGUCGAUGGCGCCGGGCGUGGUGCUGCGGGUGCUGCAGGACCGCGGCGGCCAGCACAACCCGCCGCAGGCCGCCGGAAUCGCGCCGCCGACCAUCGUGCGGCGGCCAGCAGGCGGCCUCGUGCGCUCCGCCGGCGCCGAGCAGCACGACAAGCGGCCCCGACGCAAGCACCAACCCCGCAGCGACGCCGGCGGCAACCACCACCCCUUCCGCGUCGCCGCACAUUUCACUGCUGACUCGUCCAUGUACACCCUCGCCCACCCCAAUUACAAAGGAAAUGGUCGUUUGAGGCAUGCCGGCGUGUUUACCGACUGGAAGUCGGCUGAUUUCAUGGACGAACUGGCUCUGGAAAGGUACUUCAGCCUGAAGGACGGCAUUCUUACCGUCAAGCUCGGCGGUCUCUACUACUUCUACUCGCAGAUUUACUACAUCGAGGACCACGACACGAACGGCUACAACGUGUUCGUGAACAGCGAGGUGCGUCUGCAGUGCGUGACGACGACGCACAGCUCGACCAACGUGGUCAAGGUGAACACGUGCUACACCGGCGGGGUGCUGUACCUGCGCCCUGGCGACACCAUCUUCCUCAGGGACAUCGCCGGGCUGCGCUACUCGCUGUUCGAGCGCGAGAAGAGCUUCUUCGGCUUGUACCGCUUCGCCAACGCGCAGCCCCGACUCUCCUCGUCUUCCUAAAACUACCACACCCUCGCGAAUCUCUAAAAACCUCCCCUAAAUGAAAUUGUUUUGCCUUCUCCCCGUUCGAAAAUUAAAAGAUCUCACCCCUGAUUUCGAAAUUAAGGAACUAACUAAUUUUCAUUUGUUGUAUUUCAUGCAUUUUUUUUAAAGAAAAAGAAGGAAUUUUUUUGUCGCCAGUGCCAUCGUUUGUCGAAUAUUUUCUAUUAAGUAUUUAUUCUUGUACCCUUUAAUAAUCUAUGCAGGCUUUUUCGACUUUUUAUUUGCAGCUGGAUGGAAAUAGAGCUGUGAUGAAAUGAAAAUUUAGCGCCUGCGUGUGCAGUUUUGUAUAUACGUAUUAAUAUUUAAAUAAAGGUUUGCAUACUUUAUCAUCA